AUGGCGGCAGCGCUUGAUCAACCCCUUUUCGAGUCGAUCGCGGGCGGUCCUGCGACCGACACAGCCUCAAUCACUCCUCCGCAGAGUGUGACCGGCAAGAAAGAGGUUCCGGAUGGGGUUCCGUCAGAACUGUCGGAUCUCGAACUCGAUCCCAAUGCCACCGGCGCCCAGGAAAUACCAUCGGUGGAGGCGGAUGACGAGGAGAUCGAGCCGGACCAUUACUAUGGUGGCGGCAAGGUUCCGGUUUUCAAGCCGACGAUGAACCAGUUUCGCGAUUUUCAAUCGUUCAUCAACAAGGUGGAGGAGUACGGCAUGCGGUCCGGAAUCAUCAAAGUUAUACCCCCUAAAGAAUGGACCGAUUCCUUACCUGCCCUCGAUGAAGCGGUCAAGAAGAUCCGUGUGAAGAAUCCGAUCAUGCAGGAAUUCCACGGCUCACACGGAACCUAUACCCAGGCGAACAUUGAGAGACAAAGAUCAUACAAUCUGCCCCAGUGGAAAGCACUGUGUGAAGAGAGCAGCCACCAGCCGCCUGCCCGGAGGGGCGAGCGACGCAGGAACCAAGAGCGAGUGAACCGGGCUCCUGCUCCCAAGGCUCAGACAACUCGGUCAGAUUCCCAAAAACGUCGCCCUGGCCCUGGUCGCCCGCCUAAACGGGCGAAUCAAGUCAAAGUCAAGGAAGAGCCUUCAGCCGAUGAGAGCCUGAAUAAGAUCAAGCCGGAAGGCCCACCGACCCCCGUGUCGCCUGAAUCGAACCCUGUUGAAGCCAAAACAGAAGAGCUGAGCGAUGGCGAAUCUUUGCCCGGCCCGAAACCCAAAGGACGGCAGCCCAAGUCGGUCACCUCGCGCCGAAAGCACAACAAGGGCGAUGCGAUCGACUACGUGGAUGAAGAGGCCUUCAGAGACUUUGAUUACCGCAUCCAUGACAAGGAGGACUAUACUUAUGAAAGAUGCGAGGAACUUGAGACCAACUACUGGAAAUCGUUGAUGUUCAAUAACCCUUUGUACGGUGCGGAUAUGCCGGGUUCUCUUUUCGAUGACAACAUCACCACUUCCUGGAACGUGGCCCGAUUACCGAACUUGCUGGAUGUUCUGGGACAGAAGGUGCCCGGUGUCAAUACGGCAUACCUUUAUCUGGGCAUGUGGAAGGCGACUUUCGCAUGGCAUCUGGAAGACGUCGAUCUUUACAGCAUCAACUACAUUCACUUUGGUGCCCCCAAACAAUGGUAUAGCAUCUCGCAGGAGGAUGCUCCACGCUUCGAGCAGGCCAUGAAGAGUAUCUGGCCCAGUGACGCUAAGAACUGUGACCAAUUCCUUCGUCACAAGACCUACCUGGUCUCCCCCAAUCUGCUCAAGUCCCAGUACGGUAUCACAGUGAACAAGUUGGUACACUAUGAGGGUGAAUUUGUCAUCACUUACCCUUAUGGAUACCAUUCCGGCUACAACUUGGGGUACAAUUGUGCCGAGUCCGUCAACUUCGCGACCGAAAAGUGGCUCGAUUACGGUCGGGUCGCCAAGAAGUGCCACUGCGAGUCUGAUAGUGUUUGGAUUGAUGUUGAUGAAAUUGAACGGAAACUUCGGGGCGAGGCCACGCCUGAGUAUUAUGGCGAAUUUGAGAGUGACCUAGACGGGAUGGAAGGCGCUUCGGAUCUUCUGACGCCUCCCCGCAGUGUCCCCGAAAAGCCAUCGACGCGUGUCCGUAAGCGAAAGCAUGAUGGUCCCCGAAAGAUUCCCUGUGUCCUGUGUCCAAAUAACCUGGACUACGAGGACCUCUUGCCAACAGAGGAUGGCAAAUCUCAUGCGCACCGCCGCUGUGCCUUGUAUACCGAAGAAACCUCCGUCCUCCGUGACGAAAGUGGUAAGGAAGUGGUGUGUGACGUGGACAAGAUCCCCAAGGCCCGCAUGGGUCUCAAGUGUCUCUUCUGCCGCGAAGUACGCGGGGCCUGCUUCCAGUGCAACUUUGGCAAGUGUGCCCGGUCGUACCACGCCACCUGUGCCCUUUUGGCCGGGGUUCAGGUGGAGCAGGGCUUGGUCGCUGUGAUUGCGGACGAUGGAAAUCAGUACUCGAUCCCCAGCGUCGACCUCAAGUGCAAAUACCAUCGCCAGAAGAAGCCGUCCUGGAUGGCCAGCGGCGAGUCACCUGACUAUGACCGCAAACUCAUCCAGACCGCCCGGGGCUUGGUGGCUGGGGAUCUGGUCCAGUUCCAGGCGGACAAGGAGAUCAAUGGCGCUAUCGUGCUCCAGAAUCGACCCGAGGAGCGGGCGUUACUAGUCAAGGUCCUCCCACGAGGGGACGUAAUUGAGUUACCGUACCGGUGGAUGCUGGUGGUGCGCAGGAGCAAUUUCUCACCGCUGGCUCCAGGUACCAGGCCACUGCCAGCCCACUUAGCCCGGAAGCCCGAGGCGCGGAAGGAGCUGGAAUCGGCAGUGCCGGUGGCAGGGAAUCCGUUUGGCGAUGGGCGAUCUCCGUAUCAGUGGGCCGAGUUCGAGACGGUGGACAGCACUAAUCACCCUAACCACCAGGCCGCCCCACCACCCACGCAGGUCGACCUCACCAAGGGCGAACAGAUGUGGUAUUACCUGGGCGAGUCCUCCACGGAGUGUAGGGCACAGUAUACGCACAGCCCUAGCGUGCCCGUCCACAACCCGCGCUCGAAUUUCCUGGACAGCGUCAAGUCGCUCGGCGCCGUGAUGGCCCGACUCCCCUCAUACCCCCACCAUCUCGCUGCUCCUCAUCAAUAUGCCGCCCCUCACCACCCUCACCACCUGUCGCCUCUGACCGCCUCUGCUGCUGCUGCCGCUGCCACUACCGCCGCCACUACCACCACGACCACCGCCGCCGCCGCCGCCGCCUCCCGCCCUUCCCUGUUGCAGCACGCUCCUCCUGCCCCUCCUCGUCCUGCGCCCUCUGCUGCCCCUGCUGCGAUGCCGUCUGCCUACCGAUCCCUGCCAAGUCAAUCUGCCCGCCAUGCUCCCUACCCUCAAAUCACCAAGUCACACCAUUCUCAAUCCCAUUCUCGCUCCCAGCCAGUUCAUCAGCACCAGCAGCAGCAGCAACAACAACAACAACAGCAGCAACAGCAACAACAGCAACAACAACAACAGGCCAGCAAUCUCCCCGUCAAUAAUUUCGCCAAUGUCCGAGAGCUCAUUGCCCGUCGCCGCCUGGCUCAGAUCACCGACCAUGCCAAUGUCUUCGCCGGGUACACCAUUGUUAGCCCCGAGGUGGUCGUAGACUCGCUCUUGGGGCCCCUUGGCUCUGUCCCGCCACCCGCCGGUCUGGAGAAAUUGGAACUGGCUAUGGCCCAACAACGAGUGCAGCCUCGUGCACCGGAUGGUACGCUGUUACCACUACAGCCUCUCAACAUGCGGUCCGAGGAGGUGACCCGGCUGUUGCAGAUGCUCCGGUUCUCGCUGGUGAGUCAUCGGGAUCGACUGGACGUGCUGCACAAGAAGGAGUCGGAGAAUAUCAAGCAAGAGCCAACCAACGGCGGCAGCCUUGCCGUCAUGAAGGUGCCUCGCAAGUACGCCUAUCUUGAGCAGCAGCGUGAACAGGCUCCGACCGUCUACCAGUCCCCGUAUGACAUGCCUUCCGGGUUCACCGAGUAUGCACAGAAGACCUUUGGCCUGACUCCGUAUGAGCCCGAAUUGCCCAAGCCCUCUCUGGCAAAUGACUUCUUUGCCAGCCUCUCGCCGGAGGAUCAGGAGAAAAUCCUGAAGACGUGUGGCAGUUUUGUGCAACGGGCCAUUGAACGGUCAACCAGCCAUAGCCGGCAAAGCUCCGCUUCCAACCUCCGACUUGCAUCAGCACUGGCUCAGCAGACAGAGAACCCGACCAUCGAUAUCACCACGGUUGAGGACAUGCACUUCACCAACCUGGACUUUCCGCUACAUGCAGACUCCCCAUGCUCGAAUUUCAGCCGGCCGCAUCUGCGGUUUCAGUCUCCCAAUGAAUUUGUCAAUCACGGACCUGAACCCCACCACGACCAUCACGACCUCUUCGGGGACCAACAAGCCAACACGAGGUUCUGGCAGCAUGGGCCGUGGGCCGCUGGCGAUGGGAACACGCCCAACGAGGAGACUCGGCCCUUUUUUGGACCUCAUGAACGACUGAAGCAUGACUAUGCCUCGUCGGACAUCUCCCUCGGACGUGGCGGUCCGGGAUCUCUGCACUCGGUGGACAUGGCCGGGUUUGGGAUGGAUGGAACAGACGACAUCUGUGCCGUACUGAGCCCGUGA